AUGGAUGCCUGCAUCAACUGUCCACAAGAUCAGUAUUCCAACAAUCAAAAUCAAUGUAUUAACAAGGUCAUAAGCUUCCUGUCACAUAAAGAACCUUUAGGGAUCAUCUUGGCCCUGUUGGCUAUUUCUUCUUCACUAAUCACAGUUUUGGUAUUCACAAUCUUUUUGAAGCAUCAAGACACCCCCCUUGUCAAAGCCAACAACCAGAACCUCUCCUACAUUCUCCUUAUUUCCCUCCUUCUUUGCUUCCUCUGCUCCUUGCUCUUCAUUGGACAGCCUGUAAAAAUGACCUGCCUUCUCCGGCAAACCACUUUUGGCAUCGUCUUCUCUGUAGCCCUUUCCAGUGUGUUGGCCAAAACCAUCACUGUGGUUCUGGCCUUCAUGGCUACAAAACCAGGAUCUAGGAUGAGGAAAUGGGUGGGGAAAAGACUAGCAAAUUCAAUUGUCCUUUCUUGCUCAUUUAUUCAAGCAGGAAUUUGUACUCUUUGGCUUAGCACUUCCCCUCCAUUUGAAGAUAGAGACACAAGUUCACUAAAGGAGAAAAUCAUACUGGGAUGUAAUGAGGGCUCAGCUGCCAUGUUUUACCUUGUCCUGGGCUAUAUGGGCUUCCUGGCCACAGUCACCUUCACAAUGGCUUUUCUGGCCAGGAAGUUACCUGACAGCUUCAAUGAGGCCAAAUUUAUCACUUUCAGCAUGUUGGUCUUUUGUAGUGUGUGGGUGACCUUCGUUCCAACCUACCUGAGCACUAAGGGGAAAUCCAUGGUGGCCGUGGAGAUCUUCUCCAUCUUGGCCUCAAGUGCUGGUUUGCUGGGGUGCAUUUUUUUCCCCAAAUGCUACAUCAUUGUACUGAGGCCGGAGCUGAACAACAGAGAACAUUUAAUAAGGAUGAAAACUUGA